AAAAAAAUCAACCCAUCCUAUAUCCAAGAGGGUGAUUUGGUUAUUUGGCAGCCUUAUCUAUCUCCUUACUAAAACGAAAACUGCAAAAAACAAAGCAAAGCAUGAAAACAUGAAGUCCCUCACAGUCACCGCCAGUGUUUUGAACCCCACAAAUCAACCACCAGUCAACAAACUCCACUUCUUCCACUCUCACUCUCUCUCAUUCUCACUCUUCUUCCCACACACAUCAUCAAACCUAAAAUGCCACCAUCAAAAGCCAAUCAUCACAGCAUGCUCUUCUUCUUCUUCAAUCGAAAUCGACAUGGUGAAGAACAACCAAGGAAUCUACACCCCUAAGCACCCCAAAGUAGUCGUCCUCUGGGACCUCGACAAUAAGCCCCCACGAGGACCCCCAUACGACGCCGCACGCUCCCUCACACGCCUCGCAACUCACUUUGGCCACAUCGUCGACAUCUCUGCCUACGCCAAUCGCCACACAUUCAUCCACCUACCGCAGUGGGUCCUACAGGAUCGCCGCCAGAGAAAGCACCUCGACGUGCUGGAACGGAAGGGCCUGGUGGUGCCAUCGGAGCCCUACAGGUGUUCCGUCUGCGGGAAAAAGUGUCGCACCAAUCUGGAUCUGAAGAAGCAUUUCAGGCAGUUGCAUGAACGAGAGAGGCAGAAGAAGCUUAAUCGGAUGAGGUCCUUGAAAGGGAAGAAACGGCAGCGUUUUAAAGAGAGGUUUAUUCAGGGGAAUGAAAAGUAUAAUGAGGCUGCUAGGUCUCUCAUUAGGCCCAAGGUUGGUUAUGGGCUAGCUUCAGAGCUGAGGAGGGCUGGGGUAUAUGUGAAGACUGUGGAGGAUAAGCCUCAGGCUGCGGAUUGGGCAUUGAAGAGGCAGAUGCAGCACUCAAUGACCAGGGGGAUUGAUUGGCUGGUUUUGGUUUCAGAUGAUUCGGAUUUCGCAGAGAUGAUGAGGAGAGCAAGAGAGAGGGAAUUGGGGACAGUGGUGGUUGGGGAUUGGGAUAGGGCACUGGGGAGGCAAGCCGAUUUGUGGUUUCCUUGGAUUGAUGUUGAGAAUGGGAAUGUUUCGGAGAAGGAUCUGGUGAUCGAGAAGAACAGGAGUAGGGCUCAAAGGGACGGUUUUGUCGUGGAAGAAGAUGAUGAUGGGUUUUUUUCAUUGUCGAGAUUUGACUGUGGUGGUGGUCAUGGGAGUAGUGAUUUGGAUGAGCUUGUAGAUGAACUUGCAGCAGUGAGGACUGAUUUUACUGCGGCAAUUUCAGAUGAGGAUGAAGACGAUUAUAUGUUGGGGAGUAGUGAGGAUGAGUACAUAGAAGAUUAUGAUGAAGAUAGUGAUCAAGAAGAUGAUGGGUUCUAUUGACAUGGCAGCUAUGAACCUUUGAGUGAUUCUUUUCUAUGAGCAAUUCUUAUUAUAGCGCCUUGGAAUCUCAAGUGUCGCAGUAUAUAAUUCUAGUGGAAAGCUAACAUGUGGACCGAAAAGGAAAAAAUUGUCACUUUUUUGGACCUUAAGGUACCAAAAAGUGGUGGGAAUGAUCUAUCUUUGGAGGAUUGAAAUGAAGUACCACUAUUUUUUCAAA